AUGCACAUGACUAGCUGUAGAGACUCAAUCCUCCCCAUCGGACCUGGAAAUACUACUGAAGUUAGCAAAGCUAUCCGCCAUUGGGAAGUUUCGAUCUUCGGUGCUACGGACAGUCCGCUGUCCGGACCCGUAAAGCCAAAUGCAACCCCAGCCCUGCCAAACUGCAGCUACUGA